AUGGAUACGGCAAGAUCUGAAGGAGCCCGACAUCCUGUGUCGCUGCAUGUCUACCGACACGGGGGUCUGCUUAGCGACGACAAGAUCAUCAAGGACUCGCAGAAGACCGCGGUCCUAUACUUCGUCAAAGGCACCCGCACCCAGUCCUCCUUCGCGCUGACCAUCCACGCCGGCGCGCCAAACGACCUGGGCCCGCCGACGUGCCACGUCGCGUCCACAUUCAACAACACCAACUACGGGCUGCACAUCUCGACCUCGCUCAACGUCACGCUCUUCGGCGCGGGGACGGCGACGCGCCCGGGCUCGGCGAGGGAGCGCUGGCGGACGACGCUGAGCUCGCCGAGCGCGUUCGAUGCCACGUUCUGGUUCCGCGGGCCGGACGACAACGAGUAUAGGUGGAGGCCGAGCUCGUUGUUCUGGAGGAACGACUUGCAGUGUCUGGACUCGCGCGAUAGCGUCGUCGCGACCUAUCGGGUCACCACGUUCGCGAUGCGCAAGGACGGCGAGCUGCGCGUGUAUCCGUCUGGACGGUUUAUGCUCGAGCUGCUGCUCGCGACGAGCUUGGCGAUGCGGACGCCGAGUGCGUGA